GGCACGGCAGACUGACAGUAUGGCGGCGGGGUGCAGCUGGAAGGAUGCUACAGUCGCCUGUGAUGUGUCUAUCCCCGGCUGGACCUACAUGGAGUAUUGACGCUUCCCAGAGACCAGGAUUUAGCAGAACAGGGCCGUCGCCUUGAACUCCAAAGAUGGCUAGGCUCGCCGACUACUUUGUAGUGGUGGGUUACGACCUCGACAAACGAGAAGGAGAGGGCCAGGGCCGAAUCCUGCAGAGGUUUCCAGAGAAGGACUGGGAGGACAGCCCCUUCCCCCAGGGCAUUGAGCUGUUCUGCCAGCCCAGCGGGUGGCAGCUCGUCCCAGAGCAGCAGCCCGCCUCCUUCUUUAUGGCCGUCCUGACUGACAUCAACUCAGAGCGAAACUACUGCGCCUGUUUCACCUUCUGGGAGGCCCUCGACAACACACAGUUACAGAAAUGUGAGACGAGUAAGGCAGAUGAGGCUGACGAGGAUCCUCAGAUCGCUCACACAGAGAGGGUGUUUGGACCCAAGAGUCUGGUCCUGGUGUCACGGCUUGACCACACAGAGGUCUUCAGGAACUGUCUCAGUCUGGUAUACAUGGUCCAUGUGGAGCGCCUCACUGUUCCUCUGGAGACUGUGGUGGGGAACCUACUCACCUGUGUCAUACCAAUCGCUGGAGGAGCCCAGAGUGAGGACUCCUCUUGUAGUUUAGACUCUCUGUCCUGUGACUGGCUGCUCACCUGUCUUCAGCCGGGACUUGAGGAGAGAGAGGAAAGUUUGAGGACCAUCACUCUUGGAGCCGGGGACAGACAGGUGAUCCAAACACCUGUUACAGACUCUCUCCCUGUGAGUGGCAGCAGCGUCGCUCAGCUCUUCAGGCAACUCGGUAUCGCAAAUGUACUUGGUCUCUUCUGUGCGGCUCUGACUGAACAUAAGAUCCUGUUUUUGUCGAGCAGUUAUCAGAGACUGACUGACGCAUGCAGAGGGCUGUUAGCCAUCAUGUUCCCGCUCAAAUACAGCUUCACAUAUGUCCCCAUUCUUCCUGGCAAAUUGCUGGAGGUCCUGAGCACGCCCACCCCCUUCAUCAUUGGAGUCAACUCAUUCUUCAAAUCAGAGACACAGGAACUGUUAGAUGUGAUCAUCGCUGACCUGGACGGUGGAACAGUGACGAUCCCUGAGUGUGUCCACAUCUCUCUGCUGCCUGAACCUCUGCUCCAGCAAACACAGACUCUGCUCUCUAUGGUUUUGGACCCAGAGUUGGAAGUAGCUGACCAUGCCUUUCCCCCAGUCUCCAAUCAGCCCUCCUCACUAAAAAUACAGGACAAAGAGAUCCGGGCCGUGUUCCUCUGGCUCUUUGCUCGACUCUUUCAGGGAUAUCGAUGGUGUUUACACAUAAUCCGCAUCCACCCCGAGCCCGUAAUACGCUUCCAUAAGGCUGCAUUCCUGGGCAAGAGAGCCCUGUCAGAGGAUGACUUCCUCAUGAAGGUUCUGGAUGGGAUGGCCUUCGCUGGGUUUGUGUCUGAGAGAGGAGCUCCCUACAGGACCACAGACCUGUUUGACGAUCUCGUGGCCAAUCAGGUGGAGAGGAUUCGACAGGCAGAAUGCAACCCACACAGAACCAUGAGCCACAUCAAGGAACUGGCAGAACAACUCUUUAAAAAUGAGAACCCGUAUCCCGUUGUAUCGAUGCACAAACUGCAGCGUCCCUCAGAAAACAUCCAGACUCAGCCCUUCCCCUUCCCCCCACUUGACGAUGUGGCUGUUCAGCUCUUCAUAGACCACGCUGCUGCUAAACUCAAGACAGCACCCCCUGUGGUGAAGGCUGAGGUCAAGGCCAUGGUGCCCUCUGGACCUCCUCUGGGUGACACGGUGGACAAGAACAGUCAUGUGAUGGCCAACAGUGCUCGCAGACUGGAGGUUGUUAGAAACUGUAUCACCUACAUCUUUGAGAACAAAAUGCUGGAGGCCAAGAAGCUGAUGCCUGCAGUGCUGAGGGCUCUAAAAGGCCGGGCAGCUCGGGUGUGUCUGACUCAGGAGUUAAACCAACACGUGCUUCAGAACAGAGCCGUGCUGGACGACCAACAGUUUGAUUACAUCGUCCGAAUGAUGAACUGCACUCUACAGGACUGCUCCCACAUGGACGAACAUGGCAUCGCUGCUGCUCUGCUCCCAUUGGUUACAGCCUUCUGCAGAAAACUGGGAGCAGGGAUCACACAGUUUGCCUACAGCUGUGUCCAAGAGCACACGGUCUGGACAAACAUGCAGUUCUGGGAGGCCAUGUUCUAUAGUGAUGUUCAGAACCAUAUCAGAGCGCUGUAUCUGGAGAGCGAAGACGAUCAGGGCAACCAUGAACAGGAGGGCGGGGAUAGCAGGCGAGAACUGAGUGCAUUGGAGCUAGCGUCAGAGCAGAGCCGACUGUGGCCGACUCUGAGUAAAGAGCUUCAGACUGAGCGUGUGCAAAAAGAGGAGAGCACGGUGUUCUCUCAGGCCAUCCACUAUGCUAACCGCAUGAGCUACCUCCUUCUGCCCCUGGACACGAGCAAGAACCGACUACUGCGGAGCUCCGGGCUGGGCGACGUGGAGAGUGUCAGCAACAGCUACGUCACAAACAGUAUCGCAGGCAGCAUGGCAGAGAGCUAUGACACAGAGAGUGGCUUUGAGGAUGCAGAGAGCUCAGACGUUGCCAACUCUGUGGUGAGGUUCAUAAACCGAUUUGUGGACAAAGUCUGUAACGAGAGUGGAGUCACCAACGAGCACCUCAAGGCCCUGCACACCAUGAUCCCAGACAUUGUUCAAAUGCACAUAGAGACACUGGAUGCAGUGCACAGAGAGAGCAAGCGCCUGCCCCCGAUCCAAAAGCCGAAAUUACUGCGCCCGACCCUGCUGCCUGGAGAGGAGCUGGUCAUGGAAGGGAUGAGGGUGCAUUUGGUGCCCGAUGGUCGAGAGGAGGCAACUGGGCUGAUGGGAGGACCGCCCUUGCUGCUAGCUGAGGGAGCCAUCUUCCUCACCACAUACAGGCUCAUCUUUAGAGGAACGCCCACUGAUCCACUCGUGGGUGAGCAAGUGGUGACUCGGUCCUUUCCCAUCGCAUCUCUCACUAAAGAGAAGAGGAUCUCUGUGUCUCUUCCCACAGACCAGUUUGUACAGGAGGGACUGCAGCUGCGCUCAUGCACGUUUCAGCUAAUGAAGAUUGCAUUUGAUGAGGAGGUGGCCUCAGACUUGGCUGAAGUCUUCAGGAAACACAUGCACAAACUGCGCUACCCUCCUCACGUCCAGGGUACCUUCGCCUUCACCAUCGGGCAGAGUGGCAAACUGGUGGUGGAGCAUAAAGCCAAGGACAAGAACCAGUCCCUCAAAACAUUGUCCAAAAACCUGGUGAAAAGUGCCAAGCGGACGAUCGGGCGGCAGUAUGUGACCAGGAAGAAGUACACUGCUCCGACCUGGGAAAACCGCGGCAGCUUUCAGUCCGAGCUCGAUGAGGAUGAGAUCUCAGUGUCUGAGGAGGUGGAGCCAACUUCCCUAACGCUCUCGUCAACCAUCCGGUCCUCGGACAGACAGACCAUGAGUAAUGCGGUGGAGCGAGCAUGCUGCAGAGACUAUCAGAGGCUUGGACUGGGCACGCUCAGUAACAGCCUCACGCGCUCCAAAAAUGAACCCUUCAGGAUCUCUACGGUCAACCGCAUGUACACCGUCUGCAGGAGUUACCCUGGACUGCUCAUCGUGCCACAGACCAUCCCAGACAGUACUCUACAGAGGAUCUGCAGAUGUUACAGACAGAACCGCUUCCCUGUGGUUUGCUGGAGGAACACACGCACUAAGGCCGUGUUACUGCGCUCUGCUGGGCUCCAUGCCAAGGGAGUUGUAGGGUUUUUUAAGUCUCCCAACGCUCCAGCCACAGUCCCCUCUCAGGCCGACUCCAUCAGUCUGGAGCAGGAGAAGUACCUCCAGGCCAUUAUCAGCUCUAUGCCCUCAUACAGCGAGAACAGUGGGAGGAAUACACUCAGCGGAUUCACCUCUGCACAUAUGAACAGCUCCGAUUUGUCUGACAGACUACGACCUGCGAAGCUCGGUGCAUUAUUCAAACAGGUGGCGGGAGGCAAAGAGGACACCCCGGGAACGUUCAGCCGAGGAGCUCUGGGUCAAAGGGCGAAGGUCAUCUCUCUGUCUCAGCCCAAAGUGUCGACAAAAGGCAAGAGCAGUCCGCGAGGUAAAUGGGGGAGUAUUCGGGGGAGUGGGAGACUCAGUGCUUACAACCCGGAUGUGGGCACUCGUCUGGCGGGUAAAGAGUCUCCACAGCCCAACGGAGCCCUGACCGAAGCUCUCUUCCUCCGCCAGCAGAGGGCAUUUCUCUACAUCAUCGGGGACAAGGCACAGCUCAAGGGCGGUAAGCAGGACUCGUUCCAGCAGUGGGAGGUGGUGCCGAUUGAGGUGUGUGACGUUCGACAGGUGAAGAACAGUUUUAAGAAGCUGAUGAAAGCCUGCGUGCCAAGCUCCGCCUCCUCAGACCCAAAUAUGAGCUUCAUGCGCUGCCUGGAGGACUCCGAGUGGAUGAGCCUGCUGCACAGGGUUCUGCAGGUGUCUGUGUUGGUGGUGGAGCUCUUAGAUGCAGGUUCCUCUGUGAUGGUGAGCCUGGAGGACGGUUGGGAUGUGACCACACAGGUGGUGUCACUGGUGCAGCUGCUCUCUGACCCCUAUUAUCGCACACUGGAGGGCUUCAGGCUGCUGGUGGAGAAAGAGUGGCUGUCAUUUGGGCAUCGCUUCAGUCACAGAGGAGCUCAGACUCUAGCUUCUCAGAGCAGUGGAUUCACACCAAUCUUUCUACAGUUCCUCGACUGUGUGCACCAGAUUCACCUGCAGUUCCCCAUGGAGUUUGAGUUCAGUCAGUAUUACCUCAAGUUUCUCGCCUACCACUACGUCUCCAACCGCUUCAGGACCUUUCUGCUGGACUCUGACUAUGAGCGCAUCGAGCUGGGAGUGCUGUACGAGGAGAAGGGAGAUCGCAGGCCCCCUCAGGUCUGUAAAUCUGUGUGGGAUUACAUCGACCGACUCAACAAGAAAACACCGGUCUUCUACAACUACAUGUUUGCUCCAGAGGAUGACGAGGUUCUGCGUCCGUACACGUUCAUCUCUAACCUGAAAGUGUGGGACUUUUACACGGAGGAGACUCUGUCCGAGGGACCUCCAUACGACUGGGAGCUGCGACCCCAAAGACCAGAGAAAGUCCAGGACGAGAACCCGGACAAGACAGAGUCUGGACCGAAAUCCCUGCGUCGUGUGGUCUGGCCUUGCUACGACAGCCUGAGCAAAGUGCUGCCCGACUCCAUCAGCAAACUGCUUCAAGAUCUGCAGAGUUUGGAGACUGAGCUGGGAAUGAGCCCGGAAAAGUGGAAAGAUACAUGGGACAAACUGAAGGCCAUGCAAAGGCAGGAGGGAAGACUGGAGAGCAAGCCUUCUUUCUCCAGCUCCCUGCUCAUAUCUUCUAACCUUGGCCACCAGAGGCGCUGUCAGACGGUGUACCUGCAGGACAGCCCGUCCUCCCUCACUCUUGGAUUAGACUGUGAAGCCUCCGCCACCUCCACCCCCACCCAAGGGCGACAGAGCACCAGUGCCCUCUACAGUCAAUUCCAGAGUAGCGAGAGCGAGAACAGGAGCUUUGAAGGAAUCCUGUUUAAGAAAGGAGCUCUGCUGAAGCCGUGGAAACCGCGAUGGUUUGUGCUGGACAAAACAAAACACCAGCUGCGAUACUACGAGACGCGGCAGGAUAAGGAGUGUAAAGGUGUGAUCGAGCUCGCGGAGGUGGAGACAGUUGUCUUGGCGACACCAACAAUGGGAGCGCCCAAAAACGUGGAGGAGAAGGCCUUCUUUGACUUGAAGACGACACGGCGCGUGUAUAACUUCUGUGCACAGGACUCUUACCUCACAGCACAGUGGAUCGAAAACAUUCAGAACUGUCUCUCGGACGCUUGAAUAUAAAAGGACUUCACAAACAGACCCUAGAAAUGAGACCACCAAACUCUGAAAAACUUCAAACCACGAGCGGCACCGCAACUGUCCAGUGUUUUAUAAAAAAGAGGAGGAAACGUCUACACAAAGUACAGUUUAAUUAUGGACCAGGCAGCGAUUUUGUCCAGAUCCUCUAACUAACACUAUCUAACAGCUAAAGCAAGGGAGGAAUGACGGAUAGACGCUGAAUUGCUGGAGAGGAGGAAGAAGAGGAGAAAGGGGAGAGAUGUUGACGGACCAAACAUGAUGCCUCUGAGCUGCCUAAAAAUCCCAUGAGUGUUUUUAAAAUACAGAGGAACGAAAUCAGGCUCAAGAUUGAAUGCUGUGAUUGGUUUAAAAAAGGAGGAAAUUAUUUAGUUUGGAGGAGAGAGGAGCAAGGAGCAAAGGUCAAAGUGUGAAACAGGACUAGACCAGGUCUAAAGGUUUAAACAAGAACUAGAUUACUUUCAGUGCAUGCUUAUUUCAAAGAAGAUACCAGACCUAACCUCAGACUAAGCCAUGUUCAAACCACGAUUAUGACCGAUCUAUAUUGUGUCUAAGCCAGGUCUAAAUGAUAUUACUGAAGAUUACUUUCAGUGCAUGUGUGUCUCAGAGAAGAUGGCACGCAUGCACUGAAGAUGACUGAGCCAUAUCUAAACCAGAUCCAGAUCAGGUCUAAAACAGGACUAACCCUGGUCUAAGCCCUCACAUUGCAAGACAAGAUUUUUAUGGACCAAAAAUUAAUAAAUCUCAAAUAUUUUAUGUGACCGCUCCUUAGUUCUCCUCCAAACCUGUAGCUUCAUAUGGAGUUCAACAGCUCCCCCUGUGCUCAAAUCUGGACCCAGUGACAAAUUCCCCCAUUCAUUUUUCCCAUAGACUUUCCAAAA